AUGCCAACAGCUGUCGAGCAGAAAUGUCGGGAGUAUCACCAUCCAUUCACCCCGUAUGACAUUCAAGUCCAGUUCAUGGACGCGUUGUACGACACGCUCGACAAUGGCUACAAGAUCGGCUUAUUUGAAAGUCCCACGGGCACAGGCAAAACUUUGUCCAUCAUUUGUUCGUCAAUGACGUGGCUCCGAGACUACAAAAGGAAUAGAAAAACAGCAAGUGGUGUAAAAAUGGGGGCGGUUACCAGUGAUGAUGAUGACGACGAUGGUGACGACGACGAGCCCGAAUGGGUCAAGACACUGUACCAGAAAUCAAUCGUCGAUAAAACCAAGCUCGAGCUAAAGGAGUAUGAAAAACAUCUCGAUGAAGUUAAUGCGUCUUUUAUCCAGCGGCGUCGCAAAGACGCUAGUCUAGACGCUAGUGGUGGCGCCAGAAGACAGAAACGUGGAACAUCCGAAACCAAGAAAGAAUCGGAAGAAGAAGCGUACUUGCCCGCAGACUACCACGAGACGCAAACAGAGUCAGGCCUGGUGGAGUCUCAAAAUGCCAAAAUCUCGGAUGAAAUCAAGCGAUUGAUGAGGGCCGCCGACGAACAGAAACAGCCCCUAGAGUAUAGCAACCAGAAUUGCCCUACGAAGAUCUUUUUCACUUCGCGCACUCACUCACAGUUGAACCAGUUUUCGAGUCAAUUACGACUAACUAGCUUUCAGGCCUCGUUUGAAGAUCUACAAGAACGAACGAAAUACUUGCCGUUGGGUUCCAGGAAGCAGCUCUGUGUCAAUGCAAAAGUCUCAAAAAGAAAAACCGGCGAACAGAACAUCAAUGACGCGUGUAUCGAUUUGCAGAAAACAAAAGAUGGUUGCUCGUAUUUGCACAAGAAUCUCGCCAGCUCAAGUCUUACGCGGGAGUUUGUUGAUUUGAGCUUAGCCCAGAUUCGAGAUAUAGAAGAUUUGGCCGAUUUAGGCUCACAUUUGCAUUUGUGUCCCUACUACUCACUUCGACAGGGAACCAGUCUAGCAGAGAUUGCUUCGCUCCCGUACCAGUUGCUCAUAGAAAAUGGCUCGCGCAAGGUGUGGAAUCUUGACUUGAGGGACUCAAUCGUCAUCAUUGACGAGGCUCACAACAUUUUUGACGCGAUUACUUCUAUGAAUUCGGUGAGCAUCACCAUGGAACAGCUUGCAAGAACUAUAAAGGCGUUGAAAAUCUAUUUGAGCAAGUUUCUGAAAAAAUUAAACACGGGCAACAGGGUCAAUCUUAUGAAAUUGGUCAAAGUGUGCAACUUGUUGUUAUCCUUCAUGGGAAAAGCUACAAGCUCAGCUAGUGCCGGCGACGAGAUCCAAUCGGAAGCAAUCUUUUCCGACUCCACUGGUGACUUGGUCAAUAUCCACCAAAUUGAUCACUAUCUCUCGAAAUCAAAGAUUGCAUUCAAAUUGGAAUCUUACAUGGAAAAAGUCGACGAAAACUACCGUGCUUCCAAACCGGUGCUUUUUGACAUUAUCCAGUUUUUGAAAUGUCUAACUAACCCGGCAAAAGAGGGCCGCUUCUUCUGGGACAAGGGCAAAGAUGGCGAACUUGUGUUGAAGUAUUUGCUCUUGGACCCAAGCACCAUUUUCAAAGAUAUCGUCGACCAAGCCAAAUGCGUGAUCCUUUGUGGAGGCACAAUAGAGCCAAGUUCCGAUUUCACCGACUACUUGUUUCCGCAAGUUCCAUCAGAGAAGAUUAGGAAAUUCUCGUGUGGACACAUCAUUCCCGAGAAUAACUUGCAAGUGAUACCAGUCUCGCAAUACAGACAAGGAAAAGAAGCAACAACAAGAGACUUUGAAUUCUCUUAUAGUCGAAGAAAUGACACGCAACAGAUCAGGAACCUAGGCGAAUUGAUCAUUGAAAUAUGCCAAAAUGUGCCGCACGGGGUAGUGGUCUUUUUCAGCAGCUACAAGGUCCUAGCGGAGAUUUUACAAAUCUGGCGUUCGUCCUCCAUAUACACCCGGCUCAACCAACUAAAGCAAAUCUUUGAAGAAUGCUCUGGCUCAUCACGUGGCGUAGAUUCAAUCUUGCAUAAUUAUUCACAUACCAUCAACACCAAUGCCAAGGGCGGCGCGAUACUUUUAGCUGUGGUAGGCGGCAAAAUGUCCGAAGGAAUAAACUUUUCCGAUAAGCUAGCCCGCGCAGUCAUCAUGGUGGGGUUGCCUUACCCCAAUGCCUUCUCGGGGGAACUUGUGGCGCGCAGAAACUUUAUCGAGGAACAAGUCAUCGCCAAGGGAGGGACACGGCACCAAGCCAAGUUGAAAUCGGCGGAAUAUUACGAUAAUCUAUGCAUGAAAGCAGUGAAUCAAAGUAUCGGACGAAGCAUACGGCACGCAAACGAUUACGCCAUGAUCUUCUUGAUUGAUUCUCGAUUCAGCACCGCAAGGAUCCAAAACAAGCUAA